AUGAUCCUCUCAGUCACUCUUCUAGCUGCCCUGCUUUUGGAACGCGCUCUGGGCGCCGCUGAUGGAGCUGGGAGCUCGAGAUGUCGAUGCGUCCCAUCUCUUCCAUGCUGGCCUUCGAACGAAUUAUGGAAUGAUCUCAAUACGACCAUCUCAGGGCAACUUGUCCUCAACCACCCCGUCGCUGUGUCGUGCUAUCCAGGUCCUGCCGCUGACUCCACCGAAUGUGCCUCCAUAACCGCAAACUACACCAACAACGAUUUUCUGCAGCAAUUUCCCAUCGGCUAUAGCGCUUCGAACGAGGAUGCCUGCCCAGUCGUCAAUGUCAGCACGAGCCAUUGCGACAUUGGAAGUGCCCCAUUUUACACGGUCAACGCCACUGAUGGGUCCCACGUCUCCGCCGGCAUUGAUUUCGCGAGAAAAUACAAUCUCCGUCUUGUAGUCCGGAACACGGGCCAUGACCUCCUCGAUCGAAGUGUCGGGUUUGGCAGUCUUCAGAUCUGGAUCCGGUAUCUGCGAACCGGCAUUACGUUCCAUGAUAGCUUCCGUCAGAAGGGUAGUGAAUGGACCGGGGCGGCCGUGACAAUCGGAGGAGGCUAUGUUUGGCGGGAGGUGUAUGCUGAAGCGGAGAAGAGAGGAGUGGUGGUCGUAGGAGGCGGCACGCCGUCGGUCGGAUGUCUGGGCGGCUGGAUGCAGGGUGGUGGGCAUGGACCGCCCGUACAUGAUUUUGGACUGGGAGCUGACCAAGUGCUUCAAGCCCGAGUUGUCCUCGCAAAUGGCUCCUUGGUCACAGCAUCUCCUCGUGAAAGCCCGGAUCUCUUCUUCGCGAUCCGUGGCGGCGGACCAGGAACAUACGGCAUCGUCGUCGAAACCACCAUCAAAGCCUGGCCGAUCGUCACCGCCGUCGCGCAGACGCUCUACUUUGCCCCGCGGAACUCGAGCGACCUCGAUACAUUCAUGACCGCUCUCACCGAUCUCUACCAGGCCUUCCCAUACGUCACCCAAGCCGGCUGGUCAGGCUACGGGCAAUGGUCGACAGCAGGCGUCCUCCCCUUUCCCAACACCACGAUCGGAUACAGUCACACCAUGGCGACAUUCAAUCGAUCAUUGUCCGCCAGCACGGCUGCAUUCGCACCCACGCUGGAGAAAUUGCAAGCCUAUAAUGGCACUUCGCUCACAGUUUCAGUCGCCUACACCGAGCUACCCUCCUACGCGGCUUACUACCGUGCCUUCUCCGGCAUCGAGCCACCUGCUGGCGGAGUUGGCUCGGAAUCAGGCCGGUUUCUGGACGAGAAAGCUCUAUGUCGCAACCGCACUGCUUUGCGAGAGACGUUGGACAUUUUAGCGGGCACACCGGAGCAGGCGACGAUUAAUGUGAAUGAAAUCUUCGGUGCUCCGUACGGUCGGAUUGCAGCGGAUGGAAGGGCGGAAAGUGUGUCAAGCGUGACCCCUGCGUGGCGAGAGAUGGUGAUCAAUCAUAUCGUGUCAAGGCAGUGGAAGCUGGAUACCGCCCCCGCGGAUGUGAAGAGUAUUCAGGAUGAUGUGUUAUUGGUCAAGGAAGGUGCUUUGAGGAAGUUGGCGCCGGAUACGGGCUCAUAUAUGAAUGAGGCCAAUAAGCUGGAUCCGGAUUACAAGAUCAACUUCUAUGGCACGCACUAUGCCCGGCUGGAGAGCAUCAAGAGGUUGCUUGAUCCGGAGGGUGUGUUCUAUUGCCCGACUUGUGUGGGCAGUGAUGGCUGGCUGCAACAGGACAACGGACAACUAUGCAGAGCGUAG